AUGCAUCUCUUCAAUAUUAUCCUUGCCUUGAUGGCAACCUUUUCGAUGGUCAAGGCCGCCCCUGUUGAGCAGGACAGUGCUGUCCAGGACUAUGCUUCUCCACAUGACCGCGGGAUUGUGGCCCCAGAAGUCGACAUCGAGGAGCCCGAAACUGAGAGCUUCAGCACACUGGGAUGUCCCAAUGGAUGGAAAUACUGUGGAAAAUGCAACGGAACAAGGUGCAAGGUUGGGGGUCUUCACUUCGGUUGUAAAGAAGGCACCAGCUGUACAAGGCAGAGUGGAGGCGGAGAUGGAAAGCUCUGUGGUGCAAAUGGCCUUUUCAAUGGCAUGGUCUGCCCUGGAAAGACGAGAAGAUCUUGA